AAUCAUUAUCUAAGAGACCAAAGGUUAAAUCGAACCGUCAAUGAAACCAAUUAACGGUCAAGUUAUACCGAAUCAGUCAUCCAAACAUGAAGGUGCAGCUCUUUGCCGUUUUCCUCAUCUUUUUGAUCCAUGGGUCCGCAUCGACGGAUAAGAAGGCCCUGAUCGAGACCUACCUAACGGAGCUGAGCAACGAGAGUCCUUUAAAUUUUAAGGUGUUUUUCUCCAGCUACAGCUACCAUGAGGACGGUUCCCCAAAAUACGUCGAUACCUUGGCGUUCGGAUCGGACCACCAUCCCGCGGCGACAUUUAAGCUCAACAGCUUGGGGCCCAAGAGGGUCGAGCAGCUGACGAGACAUACCGAGAGCAAGGGCAUCACCCUCUCGCUCUUGCACGAGAAUUUCGCCAAAAACAAAAGUAAGGAUUACGACACUCAAGCCUUGACCGACCCAUCGUCUCCGGCCGGCGAGGUGAUGCUCAACAAGGAAGGGAUAUCGGACGGCAUUCUUGAGGCACUCCUAGACACACUGGACGAGACCACAAACGAGGCCAAGAUUGAAGGAAUCGAUCACUUCCCCGAUGGCAAAAUGAAACAGCAGACCGUGUUGACUCUCAAAGCCAAAGAGGUGACCGUGAAAGGAAGCAAGGAUUUCUCGAGCAAAAUGUUGGAGGACGGCAAGAAGCUGAUCAAAAGGGCGUUCAAGAUUGAAACCAACGACAGACCGAAAGUAAUUGCCGGUCUCUUCUAUGAGAAAUUCCCCCAAUACACCUGGGAAGUUUACGUCGAUCCGAUCACCUACACGACCAAGUCUGAGGUGAUGGCCAAGUUUAACUACGACUCAGUUAACUAUGUAGUGUUGGGUGCCUAGGAGAAUUUGUAAUUUUUUCUUCCUGAAAUUAAGAGUCAAAUAAAUAACUUCGCUGACUA